CUCAACGGCAACCUUCAAGCAUCUUUAUAUGAUUUAAAAAAAUAUCAUAGUAGGAAGAGGAAUAAUCAACGCAACUCUUGUAUCCAAAAGUCUUGUUCAAAAAGCAUAAAUUAUAUUUUGGAUACUAAAAAGUAAAAUAAACAUAAUAAAAAAUUCUUUUUCAUUUUCAUUACACACACCAACCCAUAUUAUUUUUUAUAUAAACAGUAGCCUCUUCUUUUCUUUACCCUUCACAACAACAAACCCAAAACAUGAGUCAACACAACAUCCUCGAAGCUCUUAACGUCCGGGUCGUUGGCACAGGCGACCGGAUCCUAGUCCUAGCCCACGGGUUCGGUACAGACCAAUCAGCAUGGCACUUAAUCCUCCCUUACUUCACCCCCACGUAUAGAGUCGUCCUCUACGACCUAGUCUGCGCCGGCAGCGUCAACCCCGACUACUUCAACUUCAACCGAUACACCACCCUCGACUCUUACGUCGACGACCUCCUCAACAUCAUCGACUCUCUCGGCAUCCAAAACUGCGCCUACGUAGGCCACUCCGUCUCCGCCAUGAUCGGUAUCAUCGCUUCCAUCCGCCGCCCUGAGCUUUUCUCGAAGCUCAUCCUCAUAGGAGCUUCUCCUAGGUUUCUCAACGACGAUGACUACCACGGAGGGUUCGAGGAAGGGGAGAUAGAGAAGGUGUUCUCGGCUAUGGAGGCUAACUACGAGGCUUGGGUUCAGGGGUUCGCGCCUUUGGCUGUUGGAGCUGAUGUUCCCGCGGCGGUUAGAGAGUUUAGCCGGACGUUGUUUAACAUGCGUCCGGACAUAUCUCUGUUCGUGUCGAGGACGGUGUUUAAUAGUGAUCUUAGAGGUGUGCUUGGGUUGGUGAAGGUGCCUUGUUGUGUGAUUCAGACGGCUAAGGAUGUUUCGGUUCCUGCUUCGGUGGCGGAGUAUCUAAAGGAUAAUCUUGGUGGUGAUACGAAGGUGGAGACGCUUAAGACUGAAGGGCAUUUGCCUCAUCUUAGUGCUCCGGCGCAGCUGGCUCAGUUUCUCCGGCGUGCACUUCCUCGGUGACUUUUAAUUUUUAUUUUUCUUUUUGAGAAGAGAAAAAAUAUGAUUGGAGGAAUAUGGGACUUGUGGGUUUUGUGGGAUCCACGUCUGUAAUGAAGAGACACUAUUUGUGGACGACAGUUCAAAUCUAGGGAGAUAAUGUUCACUUGACACGUGACAAACGCGUUCUUACUUUAUUUUUUUUGGUA